AUGCUUUCUCAAUCUUUAUUUUUUCCUGGAGGGGCGGGAAAGAAUGCGGGCGACGGUCACAGGCCAAACAUGGAACCCCCCGAUUAUUCAGGUACAGCCUGGGCACGACCUGGGCGAUUCAGUGCUACCAACCCCACGUCAUUCCUUGAAGAUCCACAGCCAAACGACAGCCAAGGCCCGGAGCCACAGCCGGGCCAGCCAUUUCCAGGAACGCACCGGUACCGCGAGAAGGUUCCGGAUUCGGUGAUGGAAACGGUCCUGGGUGCCGGUCAUUGUCAAGGGUUCAUUCACUCCGUCAUUCAGAUUGCAUCCAGGGUUGAUGACACGCCGCGCAUUGUUCACGCGUAA